AUGAGCAGCUUGGGUAACAGGAUAUGGGAAAAGAGCAGAUUUAUUGUCACCUUCAGAGAAGCUCAUUGCUGGCAUCCUGGGAAUUACCUGUUUGACAUUAAUAGUGGCCAUGCUACAGCAACACAGAAGCAGACCAAUUCCUUCCAAAAUGAAAGCAACCAGAAAGCAUAUAAUUGCAGUUGUCCAGAGGAAUGGUUUACAUAUUCCAGCAGCUCUUAUUACAUGGGAAAGGAAACAAAAACAUGGGAGGAGAGUAUGAUGGCCUGUGCUUCUAUGAACUCCAGUCUGCUUUAUAUAGAUGAUGAAGAAGAAAUGAAACUUCUGGUCUCUCUUGUACAUGAAGCAUGGAUUGGAGUCUCCCGUAAGAGCAGUGAUCAUCCAUGGGUGUCAAUAAAGGGCUCAAUGUUCAAACAUCAGUAA